GGACAACCCGGAAGAGCCUUCCAGGGGCUGCUCAGGCAGAGGACAAGCAAGGCAAGAAGGAGCCCACCUCCUUGCAAAGGGUAUAUGACAGGUCUCACAGGAGCAGCCUACCCCAAGGGAGAAGACGUUCUCCAGAUGCCAUCAUGCCUUUAUAUCCAGAACUCUCCGAUGAAUGCUUUAGACCUUUAUGGGAGAGCAAGAAGCCACUGAAAGGCAGAUCUGUGAAAGACACCUUAGAGAUGAUGGAUGAGAAAGAAAUAUUAGACACCAUCCUGGAUCAUCUUCGUCCUCCCUUACAUAUUUCUGCAGAACCCAAACUGCCCAGGAAGAAAAUGGAUGGAUUUCCAUCCCUCCAUCAGAAGUCUACAAUCCAAGAAAGCAGUUCCCAUCACUUGUCUCAAGAGAAGAUUUUGCUUUACAAAUACUAUGGGGUGAAACUACGGAACUCGAGACAAAAAGACCUGGUCAAAGAACACCUGAAAAGACUUCUAGGUUUUUCAUUACAAGAAGAAACAGACAGAGAAGGAAUCUCUGAAACCAUCGGAGUGGUUGCCUUUUGCCAUCUUCCCGAGAUUCUGUUGGCCCUGAGAGAUGUCGGCCACUUCGGACAUGCAAAGACACCUGCUGUGCUAGAAGCCACCUUUGAAGACCCACACUCUCUGUCUGAGAGACAAUUUCGCACAGCCUUGAUCCUGUGCUAUGGCCAAGCAGCCAUGGGGGCUCAACCGGAGGAGGUGAUAGCUUUAGUGGAACACAUUGUCUCUGAGAUUCUCUUCCAGUAUUCUACUAAGAACAAGGUAGGCUGGCUUCCACCUGUACCUCUCUUAAGGAUGAGCUCCCCUUUUCUCAGAAAGGUGGGAGUUAUGUCACAGGUCUUUCCUAUGAAUUAAAUAAAUAAAAAAACCCCAAUGAUUAUGUUCCAGUAUCACCUCUCGUUAUUUGCCCUUUUUAUUGCAAGAACAGUUAUAAUCUGUUAUAGUCCUUAGCUUGAUUGCCUUCUUGCAA